AUGGCGAAGGAGAGCAGGUUUAAAUUGUUCGUUCCGCCGCGCCUGAGCGCUGGGCAGGUGUCUGUGGGCAGAUCCCAGGUGAGCGGUCUGUCGUGGGGCCUGUGCCAGUGAAAUGGUUUUAAAAAAUGCUCAGAUGAUGAUUUUAAAUUGCCAUUUGAUGCGUCCAACCGUGGCGAAAGCACUGAUUUAGAUAUAAUUUCACAGCAAGUAAAGCUUUGCUCUGAAGUAGAUGAAGAGAAUACAGAAACAAGGAAUGGCUUGUUCUCAAAACUCUACAAAGAGGCUGAGAAGAUCAAGCAGUGGAAAGUGACUAUGGAAUCAGAACUAAGCCAGAAAGAAAAAAAACUCCAAGAAAAUAUAAAGAUUAUGGAAGCACAGAAUAAAGCCAUUCAAGAACUGCAGUUUAAAAAUGAUAAACUCCAUUUGAAACUGGAAGAUGUGAUCCGUGAAAAUGAAGAUCUCUUGAAAGAAGCCACUGCUUCAAGGGAUCUGUGUAAUCUGCUCAAGGAAACCUGCACUCACUUCACAGAGAAGACCAGUAAAUAUGAACAGGAAACAGAAGAAACAAGACAACUGUAUGAGGAACUUCAUGGCAACGUAGAAAGAAUGACGGUGGCAUUUGAAGAGCUUCGUGUGAAAGCAGAGAAAGACAGAUUGGAAAUGUGUUUCAAACUAAAAGAAGAAGCAGAAAAAGUGGACAAGUUUGAAAAAGAAUGCAAACUGGAAGUCAGUCAGAAGGAAAAGCAGAUUUCGGAUCUUACCACACAGAGAGAUGAAAAAGAUGGAGUAAUAAAAGGCAUCCAGGCUCAGCUGCAGGCAUCACAGAAUAAGAUUGCUGACUUAAUAGAAGCAAAAUUACAUAAAGAAGAAAUGUUAAAGGAAUCCCAGGUCAGUCAAGAACAUUUGAGGGCAGAGCUGGAGGAGGCUAAAGUUUCAUUGCAAAAGGCAGAGGUUACUCAGAAGAACUUAGACACUGAAUUCCAGACUACAGUGAAAACAUUAAUUGAGGUCACCAGAGAAAAGGAAGCACAGGAGGAAGAAUGUAAAAAAAUUAAGGCUUUGCUUGCAGCUGUGACAGAGGAGUUUGAGAUUUCUACUGCCAGUUUGAAAAGCUUGCUGCAAGAGGAGCAAAACAGAUCAAAGAAACAUGAAGAUGAGUCAGAGCUGCUUGCCUUGGAGCUCCAAAAUAAGUCUGCUGAACUGGAAGAGAUGACUAAAGUAAAAUGUGACAAAGAACUGCAACUUGAAGAGCUGUCAGAAACUCUGAAGGAAAUGCAUGAUUUGAAAGUACAGCUGACUACUACAGCUGAAAAGGAGCAAGAUUAUUUAAACCAGCUUUUGACUCUGAAAGCAGAUCUUGAACAAGAGGCGUUAAAGAAUGAACAACUAACAGUGUAUCUCAAUAAGAUUUCACUCGAGAAAGAACAAAUAGCACGAGAGAAAAAUGAUGUGGCUGCAGAACUCCAGAAACUGCAAGAAAAACAAGAGGACAGUGAGAAAAAAGAAGAAAAUACAAAGCAGUUAGUUGUAAACCUAGAAGAGGCAAAUGGCCAGCUAAGAAAUGAAUUGGAGUCUUUGAAGGAGAAAAUGGCAAAGACAGAUGAAGAGAUUAAAAGUAAACUGGAUGAAAGAGAAGAAAACGUUAAGAGUAUUGAAAGUGAAAUUUCAAGAAAGGAAAAGCAGUUGAAGAUUCUAGAAAAUAAGGUGAAUAACUUAAAGAAACAGGUGGAAAAUAAAACCAAAUGCUUUGAAGAGUUGCAGCAGGAGAAUAAGGUGCUGAAAAAGAAAAUUACUGCAGACAGCAAGAAAAUCAGUAUUUAUGAAGGGAAGGUGAAUAAAUUGCAGUUAGAGAUGGAAAAUAUGAUCAAGCAACAUAAGGAAGCAGUUGACAUCUAUCAAAAAGACAUAGAAGCAAAAAAAGUAAAUGAAAACAAACUUCAUGAAGAGGUAGAAAAGAUGAGGUUGCUUUAUGAGGAAGCAACAAUGAUACAGAGAGAAACUGAUAUUCGAUGUCAGCACAAGAUAACUGAAAUGGUGGCACUUAUGGAAAAGCACAAGAACGAAUAUGAUAAAAUGGUUGAAGAAAAAGAUGCAGAGUUAAGAGUAUAUAAAAUUAAACAGCAAAAGCAGUUAUCAUCAGAAAGAACACUGGAGAAUGAACUGUCAUGUUUGAAAAGUGAACUGUCAUCCCUUAAGGAGCAGCUGAAAGCAGAAAUUGAAGAAAAGGAGAAUCUUGUAAAACAGCGCUCUCGAAAUUUGAUUCCUGAAAGUGAAAAGAAACACAAGAGAAUACAAACUUAUGUUCCUGAGACUCCUAAAUCUUGUUUAGAUCUAGACAGUGAAUCUUUUCAUGUAAGAAAUAGAAAGUCUCCAAAUUAUAUUCCUAUGGAAGUCAGCGUGGUGGAAAAGAAAAAUAAGUGUCCUUUAUUAUCUGCAGGAAGUCCCUUGGGCAGUCCAACACUGAAAUCAUAUAUUAUAAAGACUCCUCCAACAGAUAGACUGCCAAGUGGAAGAAGCACAAACCCACCUUCAGAGCAGAGCACAAGGAAAAGGCAAAAAGUGCUUCUCCAGCUGGAUAGUCAGUCAGACAGCUCUGAGCACACUGACCUCCUGAGCAUAGUCUCAGAAGAAGAAAUGUUUAAAAACUUGUACAAAGAUCAUCCACAGGCUUCACAAUUAUAUUCCACAGCACCAAAAAAGCCACCAGCUCCACCCAGUGUGAAAUCUCCAGGCUCUGCACUGAAACUCAAAACCAUGAGGAGAAUGCGUGAGGUGGGGUGGGCUGCCGUUUCCAAAAUGGACAGGAAAAGAAAAAUUAAAGAAGCUGUACAGCUCUUUGCUUAA